AUGAACACCUCGUCCGCGGACAUGUCAACGUACAAUGUCGGAAUGGUUCAAGCCAACAUGGGUCUAACGCCAGACCGACCCAUGGGACCAGGAGACUUUGCUGGGCAUCAACCGAUGGAUGCUGGGGUGGCAUGGGACGAAUUUACGACAAUAGCGGACCCGCAGCUGUUGAAUACGAUGGCAGCCGCAAAAGGCCAGAUGAUGAAUAUGUCACCCAACGUAUGGAAUCCCGGAAGCAUCACGUCAGGCCUACCACCCGCCUCGCCGAUAUCUGCAGCCUCAUCAAUGGGAGGCCAGCCGAUGGGCCAGACACCUGCAUAUGCCAUGCAGCCCGACGGAACAGUCUGGCAGGUCCCGCCGCCACCGCCACGAACUAUGAGCUAUCCAGGACAGGAAAUAGGCUCAUCAUACCCUAAUCAAUUUCAUCACAUGCCUCCAGAGCUCAAACGGAGAAUGACAACACCCGCGCAAUCACUGAGUGCCAUGGGCCAAGGCUCGCCAGGAACGCCCGAAAUGCAGACUCCAGGAUCAGUCUCAUACCCUCCCGGAAUGAAUUACCCGCAAUGGCAGGAUAUGAGCGCCAUGUCUGCAAUGGGCGUGGUGCCUUAUCCUAUGUACGCCGACCCAGUUCCGCACGCAUACCCGCCCAAUCCUGCUCCGAUGGGACACCCAGGCCCGUCACGGUCACCGAACCCAUGA